UUAAAAAAAAAAAAAACCUAAAUCAUCUUUUUCUUCUUCUACUAUGUGAGUGCUGCAUACACCCAUUUCCCUCUCUUCUCCGACUUCGUAACCUCUCUCUCUGCUCGCAGAAUACAACUUUCCAAUAUGGCUGCAACCUUUGCUUCCAGAUGUUCUCGUGUGGGCCGUUCUCUAUUCGGUGGAUUAAGCAACAGUUCCCCUGGUCUAUUUACCACGUCACAUGAGAUGACAUGCAGCAAUUAUUUUUCCCAGCAACAGCGAACCUUCAUACAGAUGAGGACCGUUCUGAAGGUUGUGGACAACUCUGGGGCUAAAAAGGUGAUGUGCAUACACGCGUUGAAAGGGAAGAAAGGAGCAAGAUUAGGUGAUAUGAUAAAAGCCUCGGUGAAGGAAGCACAUCCCAAUGGAAAAGUGAAGAAGGGAUCAACUGUAUUUGCCGUAGUUGUUCGUGCAGCAAUGCCAAAGGGGAGGUGUGAUGGCAGUGAGGUCAAGUUUGAUGACAAUGCUGUCGUGCUUGUUGACAAGCAAGGGCAGCCCAUUGGGACCAGAGUUUUCGGACCAGUUCCUCAUGAGCUGAGGCAGAAGAAGCAUGUCAAGAUCCUUACCUUAGCCGGGCAUAUUGCAUAGAUGAAAAACCAGAGUCAUCCUCAAAAUUUUGUGGAAUCUAAUAUCACAUGUUCAUCAUAUAAUUUGAGCUUUUUGGCAUGAAGUGUAAGAUUAGUAUUUAAUCUACAAAUGAUGAGGAGACACAGAAAAGGUCUAGAAUAGUUCUACUCAAAUAAUGAGCAGUUGUUUUGAUUUCUAACCUCAUUUUUUUUAGAGGUAAGACAUUCAUUUGUGUAACAUGAUUUCUGAAGGAUUUUUCGUUUUGAUUGAUUCAUAAUGUGAUACUUGGGUUUGAUUUCUCUUGAUAAUAUGUGAUUC